AAAAAUCUUUUCAGUCGUUUCUAAACAGCUAAUCCAACAUGAACAAAUUAAUUUUGAUAGCACUGAUAACUUUGUGCCUUGUGGCUACAGUUCAGUGCAAGUGGAACAGAAAGUUUCUUCGUCACCGUAGCCAUAGCCGCGACCAUUCAGGCAGUGGUGAAGAUGACGAUGAAACUUGUGAUGAAUUUUGUGAAAGACGUGAAGAAGAAAAAAAUAAAGAAAGUAAUCGGAGACGAGAGUGCUCGAGUGGUCGAAAAAAGAAGGGUUGCAGACAUCACAGGAGUCGAGAGCGUAAAGGCAGUAAGGAGAGAGAAAGAGAGAGAAGUGAACAAAGAAGAGAACGUGAUUGUGAAUGUGAAAGGAGGAGAAUGAGUACAACAACCACUACAACAUCUACAACACCCUCUACAACAACCACUUCAACAACACCGUCAACCACAACCACAACUAGUCAAACGACUACCACAACUAACCCAACGACUACAUCAACCAGCCCAACGACCACUUCAACAUCUACUCAAAGUUCAACAACUCCUCAAACAACGACAACUAUGUCCACAACAACCACCAGACCUACAACAACGGAAACCACGACAACCCCUACAACCACAGCUGCUCAAACAACGACGACUACACGGAGAAGAAGAAGAAAUAGAAGUUCAACUACAACUCAAUCAGCCGUUGCGGCUGAUGAUGGAGAUUAUGAAGAAUAACUAAGUUGAGGAUGACCUUAGGGUUCGGUUUUUCUAUUGCUCAUGCAAGAAUUCAGCCCAACUAGGAUUUAUUGACUAUAUUAAAAUUUGAGUAUGUUCAUAAGUGUCAUCUGUAAUCAUCACA